AUGGAAGCCCAGGUCCAAAAUGCCGUCGAAAUUCUGUCGAAUACCACGUCCGAUCAGGCGCUCAAGGCCGAGGCGCUCGCUUUCCUCAACCAGCUGCACGCCAACCUGCAAGGCUGGCAACCCUGCACCAACCUCUUCACCCAAUCUCCGCGCGCCUCCGAGCUCGUCCGCAUGGUCUGCCUCGAGGUGGUCAACUCUGCCGUCCACAGCGAACGGCUCGACGGCGAAAGCCUCGCCUACGUCAAGUACGCCAUGCUGCAGUAUGUCCGCCAAGGAUACGGGCCCGACGCCCCGCCCGAGGCGGACCCCGUCUCGCUCCAGAACAAGCUCACGCAAACCCUGACGUACCUCUUCGUCUUCCUCUACCAGGACGGUUGGCAGACCUUCUUCGACGACUUUUGGGACCUCACCGGCGUGCCCAGCAACGUCACCAACCCCGCCGGCGUCGUCUUCUACCUGCGAAUCCUCUCGUCGAUCCAUGACGAGAUCGCCGACAUGCUCCUCGCGCGAGAGUCCAACGACGCGAAGCGAAACACCGAGCUCAAGGACCGCCUCCGUGCCCGGGACAUGCACAAGGUUGCCGAGUCUUGGAAGGUGCUCCUGGCCAAGUACGCCGACGACGACACCAUCGUCCACCUCGCCCUCAAAGUCAUCGGCAAGUGGGUCAGCUGGAUGGACAUUUCUCUCGUCGUGAGCCAGGACAUGCUCAACCUCCUCCUCCCCGUCGUCGGCCGCGCGAACCAGGGCGGCGAGGACAAGGUCCGCGACACCGCCAUCGACACCUUGACCGAGAUUUGCGGCAAGAAGAUGCGGUCGUCGGAUAAGAUGGAGAUGAUUUCCUUCCUCAACCUUCAGGAGAUCGUCGGCCAGCUCAUCGCCUCCCCCUCCCUCGGCGGCACCAAAGGCACGUCCAAGUACGACACCGACCUCGCCGAGGCCAUCGCCAAGCUCGUCAACACCGUCAUGUCCGACAUCGUCAAGGCUCUCGACGACUCCCAGAGCACCGACGACACGAAAACGCGCGCAAACCGGUCCCUCGGCGGCUUCCUUCCCUACCUUCUGCGCUUGUUCUCCGACGAGUACGAUGAGGUGUGCUCGACCGUCAUACCCGCCCUCACCGACCUCCUCACGUUCCUCCGAAAGCUUGGCCAGCUGCCGCAGGAGUACUCGGGCAUGCUGCCGCCCAUACUCGACGCCAUCAUCCGCAAGAUGCGCUACGACGAGACCUCCUCCUGGGGCAACGAGGACGAGCAGACGGACGAGGCCGAGUUCCAGGAGCUGCGCCGAAAGCUGCAGAACCUGCAGAAGACCAUCGCCGCCAUUGACCAGCCGCUCUACAUGGACAUGCUCAGCACUCUCGUCGCCACCACCUUCCAGACCCUCGAUCAGCGCGGGUCGGACAUGGACUGGCGGGACCUUGACCUCGCCCUCUACGAGAUGUACCUCUUUGGCGAGCUCGCCCUGCCGAACCACGGGCUCGGCACCAAGAACCAGCCGUCGACGGAAGCGUCCGAGAGGCUCGUCGUCAUGAUGCAGAAGAUGGUCGGAUCCGGCAAGUAG